UCACUUCAUGGCAACGGAAGGAGGAGGCAGUCGGGAUGAGGGAGGGUACCGCGGUUCGACGUGUCCUCCUCACCGCAGACCCAACUCAUUUCUCCUCGCUUUCCCUUCGUUUCCGCAUACCGCACAUUCGCACAGGCUCCGACCUUAUCUAGACCCAUCGCGCAGCCCUGCUGAGCUGCAGUCGCGGUGCGCACUCUCGCGUUCCUUAGCCUACUAUUUCCUCACUGAUCAAUCUAUAUACGCAUGUAGCCUAUUGAUUAUCUCCGCUUUAGGCUUAUGGUGCAUUAUUUAAUAUUAUGAUAUGUUAAUCCGAAUUCUCAAUAGCGGUGUUUGCCGGAGCUGAGAGAGGGUGCGCGCGCCCCAGAGAGAGAGGGAGCGAUCAGAGAGAGAGAGAGAGACGAAGAGAGGGAGAGAGAUGAGAGAACGCGCAUUAUCAGAUGUUUAGCAAAUUCACUUUCGCUCUUCCAUCCUUAGCCUACUGCUGUGCGGUUAUUUGGUCUUUUUCCUCCCCUUCGCCGGCCGGGUUUGUGACAUUCUGCUGCUCCCGAUGUUGUAAUCCGGGGGAAUAUGUGAAGAUCAUGCUGGCGGUGUGGUGCUUCAUGGUCUUUGCUGCAGUGGGCGAAAGGCUUGCGGCGGUCUCAGAUGCAGGUGUGGACAGGAGCCCGGUGCAGGAUGGACGCAUCUGGGACUGGUUUACCCCGGCAGGGCAGCCAGUCAGCGGGGACACUGCCACAAAGGUCACCUAUCCAAAGCGGCUGGUGCAGCAGAUCAAGUCAGAGGAGGAAAUGGCUCAUGACUACUUGGAUACCAGGGUGAAGAACAGCACUGGGAACACCUUGCCCGUCCACUUGGCCCAGAGCUGUUUCCAAGUGGAAGCCUUUGGACAAACCUUCACUCUGGACCUGGAGCUAAACCAUCACCUCCUGUCUUCAGAUUAUGUGGAACGACACUUUAACCAGAAUGGGAGACCUUCACAAUCAGUGGGAGGGGAGCACUGCUACUACCAGGGAAGGUUAAGAGGUUUACCAGAGUCCUGGGCAGCUCUCUCCACCUGCCACGGCCUGCACGGCAUGUUCUCUGACGGCUUCUUUUCUUAUGGGAUUGAGCCCGCUCACAAUGGGAGCAAUCAGGAUGAUGGCGCUCACUUAAUCCGCAGGAUGCCUGACAUCAGACUUCCCCCCCACUGCCCAGACUGUACAGAGCACAGUGAGUGGGAUAGCAGAGGAGGUGAUGGUGAUGAUGACAGACCAGACCAAAUAAGGGAACAGCAGGUUUCUGGGGGGCUGAGGAGAUCUAAGAGAUAUAUUCGCAAGCCCUCUGUCCAGACGGAGACCAAAUAUAUUGAGUUGAUGGUGGUCAACGACAAUGAAAUUUUUGUACAGCUGCGUCGCUCCAGCAGCCAAACCAAGAACUUUGCCAAAGCCGUGGUCAACAUGGCAGAUGCAAUCUACAAGGAACAGUUGAACACAAGGAUUGUGCUGGUUGCCAUGGAGACCUGGACCUCUAAAAAUAUGAUGCCAGUAGUGGAAGAUCCAUUGAUAACGCUGCAGAACUUUAUGAAAUACAGGAAGGACAACAUCAAAGAUCAGAGUGACGCCGUCCAUCUUUUCUCAGGGCGAACAUUUCACAGUAGCCGCAGUGGGACGGCCUACACAGGAGGGGUCUGCUCUUCAACAAGGGGAGGAGGCAUCAAUGAGUAUGGGAACGUAGGAGCAAUGGCCAUCACUUUGUGCCAGAGUCUCGGCCAGAACAUCGGCAUGAGGUGGAACAACGUACGCAACUCUGCAGGGGACUGCAGGUGCCCAGAUGCUUGGCUGGGCUGCAUCAUGGAAGACACAGGAUACUAUCUACCCAGAAAGUUUUCUCGCUGCAGCGUUGAUGAGUACAUCCAGUUCUUGCUCCAGGGGGGCGGGAGCUGCCUCUUCAAUAAGCCAAACAAGCUGUUGGACCCUCCAGAGUGUGGGAAUGGCUUCGUGGAACCAGGCGAAGAGUGUGAUUGUGGCUCCCAGGUGGAGUGCGCCCGUAGUGGAGGAGCCUGCUGUAAAAAGUGCACACUUACCCAUGAUGCUAUGUGCAGUAAUGGACUCUGCUGCAGUGGCUGCAAGUAUGAGUUGAGAGGCGUGGUAUGUCGAGAGGUUGUGAACGAAUGUGAUAUCCCAGAGACCUGCACCGGAGACUCCAGCCAGUGUCCUCAUAAUGUGCACAAGCUAGAUGGCUACAUGUGUGAUUCUACUCAGGGCCGCUGUUAUGGUGGACGAUGCCGAACUCAUGAUGGACAGUGCAGGAGACUCUGGGGUUAUAAUUCAGCGGACAGGUUUUGUUAUGAGAAGCUGAACGCUGAGGGGACAGAGAAAGGCAACUGUGGUGCAGGUCCUGAAGGCCAGGGCUGGCUGCAGUGCAACAAGCCUGAUGUUUUAUGCGGCUUCCUGUUCUGUGCCAACGUGACGACAAAACCAAAGUUUGGAGACCUGCAGGGUGAGGUGACCAGUUUCACCCUCUACCACCAGAACAAGUACCUGGACUGCAAAGGUGGCCAUGCUCUGCUGGAGGAUGGAUCAGACCUGGGCUAUGUGGAGGAAGGCACUCCUUGUGGUCCCAACAUGAUGUGUUUGGAGCGACGCUGCCUCCCUGUGGCGGCCUUUAACCUCAGCACCUGUUCUGGAUCAAACAAUGGGCGCAUCUGUUCCGACCACGGGACCUGCAGUAAUGAGGUGAAGUGCAUCUGUGACAGGGACUACACAGGAAAGGACUGCAGUGUCUUUGAUCCCAUCCCCGAGCCAACCGUCCCGACAGGCCAAGAGAAGAAAGGAACAUUCGAAGAGGAAGAUCUGGUGGAGGAUAAGAUGUCUGUCUGUCUGUCAUUCUGUCUCCGUCCUGUCUAUUCCUGUCUUCCUCCUCGCACUGUGUCGUUUCCACAUCAGAGAAGAGGGGAACAAAAAAAGUCUUCCACUCCUGUCCUAAAAUUUCGCCAAACUUCUUCUGAUAAUUGUUUCCUCCACGCUCCGUCUGCUCCUCUGGUCAGUCCUACUGCCCGACUCCUCUGGGCAUGUGGAGCUUCUCUCACUAUACCAGCCAAAUCAUACUUGUGUGGCUGCUUCCAGCAGUCCGCUGAGGAUUGUGUCCGUGCCACGCCUACAGCAAGCAGGUGGCUCUCCCUGUGGGAGACCCUAGGGUUUAUCUCCAGUCCGGUGGCUCUAAGAAUGUGAUUCGGUGUCUGUGUACCUCCAUUACUCUCAUCUUGAACAUUCUGAUGAAGAACAUAUCAACAGUGGACCAAUUUAAAAUGAGACAUGUCUUUCCAAUGCCUGCCUGCCUGCCAUUAUAAAUGUUGGACUAGCACAGACUGGCCAUCUAAUAGACUGAAAUAAUGUUACAGGAGCUGAAUAGUUUCCUUUUUUCUUAAAGGAAAUGGACCUGAUGCACAGUUCCUCCAAGGCCAGGCCUUGACAUCUCAAAGUGGACAAUUAUCUGUUUUAAUUUACAAAGUCUGGCAACAUGGAUAUAUCUGAAAAGAAGCCGUUUAUUGGACUGUUGUUUUCCAAAGAGAGACAAAGGACGGACAAAUGAUCAUAUAAAAUGAUGCCUAAAAAAACAGUCAGCCAUUAGCCAGAGCUCAGACUGAUACCUUUUCAUUGUUAUGUGUUCUUUAAACACCCAGACCCCCACCCAGAGGUUUUCAGGUUCAAGGAGGGAAGCUAGGUGUUAUGGUUUUGGGAUCAUUUUAAACCACUGAACCUUGACGCAGCAGAGACCGUAACUUAGUGUUUUCAACCACAGACUGACCAACAUACAUUCCACAAUAUCUGUCGUGCGUGCUCACCACUUUCAGGCCCAAAGUUUGUACACUUAGGAGGUUUAAUCUGUAUGUCUGUUCACGGGUGAAUGUAUGCAUGUAAGAUAUUUUUAAAGAAAGGAAGAAGGUCUGCGUGUUUACAUUAGUGUUAGGGGCAAUUGUUUCUGUGUAUACCUUAACACUCCUAUCACAGGUAGAAAGGCAGAUUUUUACCUCUAGAAAAUCAAGAAUAUCGUCUCUUUCUACAAACUGUUGUGCGCUGCAGCCAUGGUACCAUAAAGGCAGCACAUUAAUAAAGUAUUCAACCGUUUUUAAGUCCUGUAUCUACAUAAAAACAAGCACUAGCCAACUGUAUGCACACCUACUUUGUAAAUAUGUGCAAGAUAUACUGAAUGAUAAAUGCACUGUAUGAAGAUUUAUUUAAAAGCUACGUUCAAAUGAGUUGUAGCCGUUAGUCUCUUGACAAGACCGACAUUUGGAAAUCCUGUAGUCAACACUGUUCAUGCAUCAUUAAAUGUGGCGUUACAGCUAGGCUAGCUAUCUUGCAUCUCACUUAUCAUUCCAGCCAUCACUUAAAUAAUGUUGUGAAUCUUUUGUACAUUUGUUGAUAGCCCUGAGUUCUGGCGCCCAGAGGCUUUGUAAUGAUCCCGAUUGUAAAUGAGAUUAAAGAGAUCUAGUCCGGGGUCCAGGAGGCAGCUUCUCUGAAA